AUGGCUGAGCUGGUGGACAUGAUAGAAAUGGAACGUAUUGCUCAAAAUUUGGGUAAAGGGAAAGAAGAACAAGAAGAUGAGAGUGAUGAUCGUUUUGAAGAUGAGUUAGAAGGCUCAAAAAGUGUUGCAAAUGACCAGCUGAUCGAUCAAAAGUUGGUUAAGGGAGUAGAAGAUGAAGAGGAUGAGGGUGAUGGUUGUUUUGGGGAUGAAUUAGAAGUCUCAGAAGUUCUUACAAAUGACCAAAUGAUCGAUCAAUUAACCCUGAAAAUGACCACCACAGUACUUUUAGUUGGCGUUGUGGCCGUUGUAUUGACCAUGGCUGAGCUGGUGGACAUGAUAGAAAUGGAACGUAUUGCUCAAAAUUUGGGUAAAAGGAAAGAAGAACAAGAAGAUGAGAGUGAUGAUCGUUUUGAAGAUGAGUUAGAAGGCUCAAAAAGUGUUGCAAAUGACCAGCUGAUCGAUCAAAAGUUGGUUAAGGGAGUAGAAGAUGAAGAGGAUGAGGGUGAUGGUUGUUUUGGGGAUGAAUUAGAAGUCUCAGAAGUUCUUACAAAUGACCAAAUGAUCGAUCAAUGUUUGUUAAGGGAGUGA